GCCGCGGCCGCGGGGCGCGCGCACAAUGUCGGCCGAGCGGCCUCCGGGCACGCGGGCGCGGCGCCGGCGCGGCAGGUGGGUCCCUGGCUCUCUCGCCACCCCUACAGCUCGCGGGACACCGGACGGCGGGCUCCACUGAGCCGCUGGGAAGGGCGUUCCGGACUUAGGAAAGCUGCCCAGGUGCUGUCCUUAGUCCCACCCCAGUAAAGAGCUGCUGCGGCUGGAUAGUCAUGGGGGAGCCAGGUAGAGAGGAGUAUAAAAUCCAGUGUUUUGAUGCAGAGACCCAGCAGCUGCUGAAGACAGCUCUCAAAGAUCCAGGUGCCGUGGACUUGGAGAAAGUGGCCAAUGUGAUUGUGGACCAUUCUCUGCAGGACAGUGUGUUCAGCAAGGAAGCAGGACGCAUGUGCUACGCCAUCAUUCAGGCAGAGAGCAAGCAAGCGGGCCAGAGUGUCUUCCGCCGUGGACUCCUCAACCGGCUGCAGCAGGAGUACCAGACUCGGGAGCAGCUUCGAGCCCGCUCCCUGCAGGGCUGGGUCUGCUACGUCACCUUUAUCUGCAACAUCUUUGACUACCUGAGGGUGAACAACAUGCCCAUGAUGGCCCUGGUGAACCCCGUCUACGACUGCCUCUUCCGGCUGGCCCAGCCCGACAGCCUGAGCAAGGAGGAGGAGGUGGACUGCCUGGUGCUGCAGCUGCAUCGGGUCGGGGAGCAGCUGGAGAAGAUGAACGGGCAGCGCAUGGAUGAGCUCUUUGUCCUCAUCCGGGAUGGCUUCCUGCUCCCAGCUGGCCUCAGCUCCCUGGCCCAGCUGCUGCUGCUGGAGAUCAUCGAGUUCCGGGCAGCCGGCUGGAAGACCACCCCGGCCGCCCACAAGUAUUACUACAGCGAGCUCUCUGACUAGGCCUCCAGGCUUCCUCCCCAGGGGCGCCGGCCUUUCUUCUGCCCACCUUCCAACCUGGCAGUGGAGUCUUCACCUCUGCCAAAGACUUCUUCCCUUACAGACUUUCAAGAGCACCCGAGAUGUUUCCCACUUAAUGCAGCGGUCCUGCCCUGAGCACCUUCCCUCCGAUUCCAGGAUUGGGGAAGACAGAAGCACACCUGCCCUGCAGCCCCACCAGCCUUUCUGUCUCCUCACCUCUGACCU